CCCGGGGCUGGCCAGGCACCGGAGGAGCCACGCCCUGCGCGCCGAGCCGGUUUCGGGUGGGGUUCCCCGGUCCCGCGCCCUAAACGCCGCGCAGAAGCCUCGCCCCCGACAACGCCUCAAACGCUGCUUCGCGGCGGACUCCUCCCAGCCAGGACGGCUAUCGUGGUGCAGUCCUCGUCGUGUCCGGCUCGGCUCUCGGCGCUUCACUACCAGGGCGGCGGCGCGCUGGGCCUCCGGUGACUUCGCUCUGUUGGGCCUCCCGGCGCCGCCUCCGGGACCAUGCUGCGUUGGGUGCGGGGCUUCGUGCUGCCCGCGGCGGCCUGCCAGGACGCAGAGCCGCCGACGCGCUACGAGACCCUCUUCCAGAAGCUGGACCGCAACGGGGACGGGGUGGUGGACAUCAUCGAGCUGCAGCAGGGCCUCGAGAGCCUAGGCAUCCCCCUGGGCCAGGACGCCGAGGAGAAAAUUUUUACUACUGGAGAUAUCAACAAAGAUGGGAAGUUGGAUUUUGAAGAAUUUAUGAAGUACCUUAAAGACCAUGAGAAAAAAAUGAAAUUGGCAUUUAAGAGUUUGGACAAAAAUAAUGAUGGAAAGAUUGAUGCUUCAGAAAUUGUCCAGUCUCUCCAGAUACUGGGCCUAACUAUUUCUGAAAAACAAGCAGAGUUGAUUCUUCAAAGCAUUGAUGCUGAUGGGACAAUGACAGUGGACUGGAAUGAAUGGAGGGACUACUUCUUAUUUAAUCCUGUUACAGAUAUUGAGGAAAUUAUCCGUUUCUGGAAACAUUCUACUGGAAUUGACAUAGGGGAUAGUAUAGCUAUUCCAGAUGAAUUCACAGAAGAUGAAAAAAAAUCUGGACAGUGGUGGAGGCAGCUUUCAGCAGGGGGUAUCGCUGGUGCUGUCUCUCGAACCAGUACUGCCCCUUUGGAUCGUCUGAAAGUCAUGAUGCAGGUUCAUGGUUCGAAAUCAAAUAUGAACAUUGUUGGUGGCUUUCGGCAGAUGGUGAAAGAAGGGGGUAUCCGUUCCCUUUGGAGAGGAAAUGGUAUAAAUGUCAUUAAAAUUGCUCCAGAGACAGCUGUUAAGUUUUGGGCAUAUGAACAGUACAAGAAGUUGCUUACUGAGGAGGGACAAAAAGUAGGAACCUUUGAGAGAUUUAUUUCUGGUUCUAUGGCUGGAGCAACUGCACAGACUUUUAUAUAUCCCAUGGAAGUUAUAAAAACGAGGCUGGCUGUAGGCAAAACUGGACAAUACUCUGGAAUAUUUGAUUGUGCCAAGAAGAUUCUGAAACGUGAAGGCUUGGGAGCUUUUUACAAAGGCUACAUUCCCAAUUUACUAGGCAUCAUACCCUAUGCAGGCAUAGAUCUUGCUGUUUAUGAGCUCUUGAAGUCCCAUUGGCUAGAAAAUUUUGCAAAAGACACUGUGAACCCUGGAGUCGUGGUCUUGCUGGGAUGUGGUGCCUUAUCCAGCACCUGUGGUCAGCUGGCCAGCUACCCCUUGGCCUUGGUGAGAACUCGCAUGCAGGCUCAAGCCAUGGUAGAAGGAGCUCCACAGCUGAACAUGGUUGGCCUCUUUCGACGAAUACUUGCCAAAGAAGGACUAACAGGACUUUACAGGGGCAUCACCCCAAACUUCAUGAAGGUGCUCCCUGCUGUAGGCAUCAGUUACGUGGUCUAUGAAAAUAUGAAACAAACGUUGGGAGUAGCCCAGAAGUGACGUGUUGAAUUUUUUGCUUUAGCAUGAUUACUGACUUUCUCAACCAUCUCUGAGUGACUCUUACUCCUAGAAUUGCAACCAGCCCAUGGCAGAGGAAGCUGUAUUUCCUUUUUCCACAAAAGGGAAGAGCAUAUAAGUGAUCACUUCAUACAUUUCAGCUCAAUUUUAUACAUACAGAAAUGUCUAAAAUCAUAGUUUUUUUAUAAGUUCGUGAAAUUUUUUAAAGCCACAAAUUGUAUUUACCUUUCUUACUAGCCCUAUCCACAAAUCUCUGCCCUGAAUCCUAAUCUUAAAAAUGUGCUUGCUUGAACUAAAUUUGUUUUUGUGGUAGAAUUGGAGAUCAUUAAUCUUUAUCUUGGUUGGUCUAAGUGUAAUGCCAAUUCCUUUGUACUUAUAUGUCUUUUCCUUAAAAAAUAAAACAAUCGAAAAACCUUGA